AUGGAUUAUACAGGUAAAAGCAGAAAAUUUAUAAAGAGAGAUGCUGAUGCUCCCGAUAUUCACCUUGAUACAUUUGCACCACUGAUUUCAUUUACCAAUUCAGACCAUGAUUCACCCACGUCUUGUCUAAGCCUCUCCAAUCUAAAAGAAACUCGAUGUGGCUUGGCUGAAAAUUUAGAUUCUUUGGAUUCUGUAUCUUCAUCUUCAUCAGUCUCUUCCUCUGGCGGUUUCUUCCAACUCAACCCUCAAAUAUUGACCAACCAUAGCAUGUCUAGUGCAUCACCCAAGCUCAAAGGGGAAGUCAAAUCAUUGUGUGAAAGUGACAAAGUCAAUGUUUCAAAUGAGGUAUUGUUCAUCUUGGAAGAAUCUUCUAGCAAGUCUCCAGGAUCCACCUCGCUGGUAUCUGAUGUCAGUCAUGAAUCUUUUCUGCCGAACACAUCACCAACGCAAUUGCCUCCCAUCCAAGUGAUGGAAAGGCCAGGAGAUUUUAAUCCUCAUAGGAUCCCACCUUCUGUUUUUGGUAUACCCUCGACACCAAUGGAGUGGAGUGAGGUUUCCAAUGAUUCAUUGUUCAGUAUUCAUAUUGGGAACCAGGUUUCCAGGAUUAGUGGGGACUCGUACAGAUCAGGGGAAAUAUCCAAAUCUGGAGAUAUUCUUGAAUAUGGGGAAUCAUACCAGCCUGGGGAAUUUUAUAAUUCUCAAGGACUGGUAACAUCCAAUGAGUCAAUUACAAGGUUUGACCAUGCCUCUGCAGCAGCUAAAGGAGUAGAACCAGAAAAUAAUUCUGGUGUAGUGAAGACUAUCGGUGCAGAGAAGAACUUUGGAGCAACAGAGUUUGUAUAUGAAUCGACUUACAAAUUUCACGAGGCUGGUAUCAAUAAUCUAGACAAAGAAAGUUUAGAAGAUCCCGUGGAUUCUUAUAGUGCCAACUGUCAAACUGAUGGAAACACAGUUAGCAACUUAACAUUAGCUUUUCCAACGUCAGUUUCAUUCUUUGUUAUAAUAAUCUGA